CAGACCUCAGUGAAGUUGGGGGGGAAAUCUUAGGAAGAGUCCACCUGAGAAUGGUUACGGCCACAGCGGCCUCUUUGGACGAAGACUUCCCUGUAGCAUUCUUCUCUUCUUGGUGUCAGCUUUUAUUAGUGCACUGGGGCGGGGGAGGGGGAAGAUCGGCAGGCACCGGCAGCCUCUGACCCUCUGGAGUUGGUAUGAGAUAAGCGGCCUUGCAGUGCCAUGUAUUGGAAAAGCGAUCAGAUGUUUGUGUGUAAACUAGAAGAAAAGGACGUGCCGGAGCUGGCAGUUCUCCCCGAGAAGGUGAGCGAGCCGACGCCGGGCCAGACCCGCUGAGUCGCAGUUUCCUUGAACCGCGCGAGCUGUUUGGGCUCCUAAACGAGGUUCAGAAAUUACCUGUAACGGCUUCAUCUUCAGACCUGGCAAUUUUUUUUUGUUGUUGUUGUUACGUAGUAGCGUUAGUCGGUAAUCAUUGCCUCCCCUCCCCACAAGCUCACUUAACCUGAGGCAUGGAUUUGGAGACUGUAAUUUGGGAGACGAAGCCUCCAGCCUAAGGCGCUCUCGGGUACAUUGCCAGGGGCUCAUGACGGAAGAGUGCGGGCGGACUGCAGCCCUGGCUGCCGGGAGGACCCGGAAAGGCGCCGGGGAAGAGGGACUGGUGAGCCCCGAGGGAGCGGGGGACGAGGACUCGUGCUCCUCCUCGGCCCCGCUGUCUCCGUCGUCCUCGCCCCGGUCCAUGGCCUCGGGCUCCGUCUGCCCCUCCGGCAAGUGUGUGUGCAACAGCUGCGGCCUGGAGAUCGUGGACAAGUACCUUCUCAAGGUGAAUGACCUGUGCUGGCAUGUUCGGUGUCUCUCCUGCAGUGUCUGCAGAACCUCCUUGGGAAGGCAUACCAGCUGUUAUAUCAAAGACAAAGACAUUUUCUGCAAACUUGAUUAUUUCAGAAGGUAUGGAACUCGCUGCUCUCGGUGUGGGAGGCACAUCCAUUCUACUGACUGGGUCCGGAGGGCCAAGGGCAAUGUCUAUCACUUGGCGUGCUUUGCCUGCUUUUCUUGCAAAAGGCAACUUUCCACGGGAGAGGAGUUUGCUUUGGUGGAAGAGAAAGUCCUGUGCAGAGUGCAUUAUGACUGCAUGCUGGAUAAUUUAAAAAGAGAAGUGGAAAAUGGUAAUGGGAUUAGUGUUGAAGGCGCCCUCCUCACAGAACAAGAUGUUAAUCAUCCAAAACCAGCAAAAAGGGCUCGGACCAGUUUUACAGCAGAUCAGCUCCAGGUUAUGCAGGCUCAGUUUGCUCAGGACAACAACCCAGAUGCACAGACCCUCCAGAAGCUGGCAGAAAGGACGGGCUUGAGCAGACGAGUGAUCCAGGUGUGGUUUCAGAAUUGUCGGGCACGCCACAAGAAACACGUCAGCCCUAAUCACUCCUCCUCUGCCCCGGUCACCUCCGUCCCGCCCUCCAGGCUGUCUCCGCCCAUGCUGGAAGAAAUGGCUUAUUCCGCCUACGUGCCCCAAGAUGGGACGAUGUUAACUGCGCUGCAUAGUUAUAUGGAUGCUCAUUCACCAACAACUCUUGGACUCCAGCCCUUGUUACCCCAUUCAAUGACACAACUGCCAAUAAGUCAUACCUAAUUUCUUUUUUCAGGGAUAGAAAUGAUUAAGGACAUAAAGUUGUCAUUUAUUAUGUAUAAAAUAUGGUUGAAAAGAUUAAUGUUAAUUUUUUAUUUAACACCCAAAGCAUUUCCAACAUCACUUUGCUGCCCAGGUAUGUAUCUACAUUUGGCCUGCGAGACACUUUUAUUGAUUUCUCUCUCUCUCUUUUUUUUUUUUUUUUUGGUAAAACUUAUGUUUACAAGAAGAAAACAAAUCAAAACUUUUUUUUUGUAUUGUCUGGAAAUAGUUCACUCUAGUGUGUAUCUGUUAAUUUAUUUGUCAUCAAAAGAGCACUUUGCCUAAAAGAAAGGACUGACAAGUGUGCAAAAUGUUUACAAUCCUUUGUGAAAUUGUAGUUUAUCAUUAGUUUGUAUCUGUAAGUUAUUGUUAUAAAUAUUACCUGUAUUUUUUUUUUGUUAUAUAUGACUUUAUACUUUGAGGCUUGUAUCUGUGAAUUUGCAACUGAAAUUUAUUUUGCCACCGUUUUCUGAAUGAAGUGAAUAAGCUUCUGUUGUAGCAUGCCACGCAGACACGGUCUUGUGUUUGUGGUUGAUGAAUUAUGGCUGUAAAUAACACUAUAGUUUAAUAAGCCCACCAUUCUAAGUUUAUUAAACAUUUUCCAUUAUUGUGAAAGUUCCAA